CCACCUCGCACGGGCGAACCCCCGGGUCGCGUCCCGCACCCACACCCAUCGCAGAUCCCCGUGCCUUCCUAGAUUGCUCCCCUUCUGUCGAUUUGUGAGAGACCAUGCUUCUCUCCGCCGCCUCGCUGAGCGGGCGUGCCCUGAUGGGGCGUGUCCCCGUCACCGCCGCCGCCGCCGCCCUGCGCGUCGCUCCGGCCGCCGUCAUCCCCUCUUCUCACAGCCAGCCCCGUCGCUUUGCGGCCACCUCGCCCUUUGCCCCGGUCACCGGGCCCACCCGCCGCACGGUCCCCGAACAGCGCAACGGCAUCACCCUCGAGCGCUUUGUCACGCAUGUUGGUGCCGGUCUUGAUCGCUUCCUCCCGAAGAUGGAGAGCUGGGAGGCCCUCUUCUCCAUGGACAAGAUUGGCCUGGAUCGCAUGGGCAUGCGCGUCGACCAGCGUAAGAAGCUCCUCGCCGCCAUGAACUGGUACCGCCUCGGCUUCGACCCGCAGGAGGGCGUCAACAUUAAGCACAUUGACAAGAAGAACCGCAAGAAGCGCUCCAAGCUCGAGAACAUGUACAAGAAGCGCAAGAUCCGUGUCGAGUUCCGCCACCAGGGCAACGAGCGCUACUGAUGCGCACGUGCAAGUGCGUGCGCCCCCCUCGGUCCUCGCUCCCGGGGCCGAGGCGGAUCUCGGCGCCGCUCCUGCAAUGCGCGUCCUCUCACACUGCCCUUGUCCUUUGUUUCCCCCUCGGAACAGCCCCCCGGCCCUGCUGCCGCCUCCCUUUCUCGUUUCCUCAAAAAUACACUGCAAUAGAUCCCCA